AUGAAGCCUGAAUUUGGACAACUACGUGCUUGCAUCUACACAAACGAAGAUGAGCUGACUCGGUUCCGGUCCAUCGUGGUGAAUCUGGUACUUGCAACAGAUAUCAUGGACAAGGACCUCGGAGCACAAAGAAAGGAUCGUUGGGCUAGGGCUUUCAACAGCAAUGAAGGUCCCCUGCCUUCUCAAAGCAGCAAGGAAAACAAAGAAACGGAGGUGAAUAGGAAAGCAACGAUAGUUUUGGAGCACCUGAUCCAGGCCUCGGAUAUUGCCCACACAAUGCAACACUGGCAUGUCUACCGAAAAUGGAACGAGCGCUUGUUCUGUGAGAUGUACCAGGCUUACAAGGACGGCAGAUCUGACAAGGAUCCUUCAGAGGGCUGGUAUGAAGGAGAAAUCGGGUUCUUUGACUUUUACAUCAUCCCUCUGGCUAAAAAACUUGAAACAUGUGGUGUCUUUGGUGUAUCAAGCAGUGAAUACCUUGGUUAUGCUGAAGCCAACCGCAAGGAAUGGGUUGACAAGGGACGGAAUCUUGUGAAGGUGUAUUUGGAGCGAUUCAAGCUACGCGAUAGUGUGGGUCCCGGUGGUGGCUUUUCUUCUACGGGUGACUUGAUGGAGCUAGCGUUGACCGAAGCGACAGAACCUGCUUCUAUGAGUAGCGCUUCGGAUCACGGAUCAGCAAUCGGCCUCAACCUCGACGAAGGCUCUCAUAUAUUCGACGUAUAA